AUGCUGGCGUCCCAAUCCCGUAAGGCGGCUCUGAACGCCUUCCGAAGCUCCUCCCGAAAACCGCUCGCUGCAGCCCUCUCCGUCCGAAGCAUAUCGGUCGACGCGACGGCUAGUCAGGAUGCUCAGGCUCCGGAGGACCCAGACAAGCCCUUCACAGUCAAACUCCUUUCUCAGAGCUUCGAUGCCUUCAACAUUGAACCCCCAUCGUUAGACUUUGUUACCACCAAGAAUGAGCUCAUUGACAUGUACAAAAAUAUGGCGGCCGUCAGACGUAUGGAAUUCGCUGCCGACAGACUCUACAAGGAACGCAAAAUCCGUGGUUUCUGCCAUCUUUCCGUCGGCCAGGAAGCCGUGGCUGUCGGUAUGGAAAAGGCAAUCACCCCAGACGACCAAGUCAUCACUUCCUACCGCUGCCACGGCUUCGCCUACAUGCGUGGAGCAUCUGUCAAGUCCAUCAUCGCGGAACUCCUCGGCCGACGUGAGGGUAUUGCAUACGGCAAGGGAGGAUCUAUGCACAUGUUCGCCAAGUCAUUUUAUGGUGGUAAUGGUAUCGUUGGAGCGCAGGUCCCCGUCGGUGCCGGUAUCGGAUUUGCCAUGAAGUAUUUGGGACGACCGAAUGUUACUUUUGCGCUUUAUGGUGAUGGUGCAGCGAAUCAAGGACAGGUGUUUGAGGCGUUCAACAUGGCCAAGCUGUGGGAUAUCCCGGUGGUAUUUGGUUGUGAAAACAACAAAUACGGUAUGGGUACCUCUGCGGCACGAAGCAGCGCGUUGACAGAGUACCACCAGCGUGGACAGUACAUCCCCGGUUUGAAGGUCAACGGUAUGGACGUCCUAGCGGUUAAGCAGGCUUGUGCUUGGGCGAAGGAGUACACUACCAGCGGAAAGGGACCUCUUGUUAUGGAAUUCCUCACUUACAGAUAUGGUGGCCACUCCAUGUCUGACCCUGGUACCUCUUACAGAACCCGUGAGGAAGUUUCAUGGAUGCGAACCAACCAAGACGCCAUCGCCGGCCUUCGCACCAGACUUUUGGACUGGGGUGUCGUUACUGAGGAUGGUCUUAAGGAAUUGGACAAGGGAGUCAAGGAUGUUGUUGACCCUGAAGUCGCUGCUGCUGAAGCUGCUGAGGUUCCAGAGAACUCCCGAAAGGUUCUUUUCGAGGAUAUUUAUACCCGUGGAUCAGAGCCAGAUUGGUUGCGUGGAAGAACUGCCGAGGAGACUUAUUACUAUAAGGAGUAG